GCCAGUACAGCAUCGUACUGGUACCGACGAGCUCUGCCCAUGGGCUGGCGGCUGCUGCUGCUGCUUCUGCUACAGGCAGUUUGGAAAAGUACUCUGGGAAAAUCCCAUUCACUACACACCCGAGGAAUCAUUGAAUUGGCAGGAGCUAUAUCAUGUGGCACGGGACGGUCUCCCUUGGCAUAUAUUGGCUACGGAUGUUACUGUGGACUGGGAGGACGAGGCUGGCCUAAAGAUAAAACGGACUGGUGCUGCCACAGGCAUGACUGCUGCUACGACAAGGCAGAGAGAGAGGGCUGCAGUCCGAAGGCACAGCGCUACCAGUGGGUGUGCGAGCAGAAUGCCGUGCGGUGUGAUAACCUGACAGACCCAUGUGAAAAAAUGGUGUGCCUGUGUGACCAAGAAGCAGCCCAGUGUUGGGGAACAGCCCCUUACAACCCACAGUUCGUCCUCUGGCCAGACUUUCUAUGUGGGCAGACUCAUCCAACCUGCCAUUUCAGAUAUGGAGGGUCAAAAUAG